GCACAUUCCUUUCAUUGGCUGUGUCUCACUCAUCCUUUGCACUAGAGUAAUACUACAUACUACAUACAAUACAAUACAAGGCAAUCUUACUUUUGAUUUCUGAAAUCUGAUUAUCAUUGGAGGAUCUGAUUUCUGACAUCUGAUUCUGAUUAUCAUUGGAGGGAACCUCAACCCAAAGUUUAGUUUUUUUUUUAUUAUUAUUAUUGUUGUUAUUUCUGCCACAACAUUUAGGGGUGCAUUGCAAAUGGCUUCCAUUGUUGCAAGCUUGCCGCCACCAUUGCUGCUCCCUGCUAGAAAAUAUCAUCCGGGCAACUUCCCAAGUUCCCCUUUUUCUCUUCUUUCAGGGAGACGGAAUCAUGUUUCUUUUGUUGUGAAGGCUUCUGGAGAAAGUUCUGAAUCUUCAACUACCCUUACUGUUUUUAAGUCUGUUCAGAAUGUUUGGGAUCAACCUGAGGACCGUCUGGGACUUAUUGGUUUGGGAUUUGCAGCCAUAGCAGCAUUUUGGGCAUCAACAAAUUUGAUUGCGGCCAUUGACAAAUUGCCAGUUUUCCCAACAGUACUGGAAUUAAUUGGAAUAUUUUACUCCGUGUGGUUUACUUAUCGCUAUCUCAUAUUCAAACCUGACCGGGAAGAGCUUUUUCAAAUCUUGAACAAGUCAGCAUCAGAUAUCUUGGGCCAGUAAGAUGUGCGGCCAAAAUGCUAUGCUAGAUUGGGAGGAAAAGGUGAAAGGGGCUUUGGUUGUCUUCACUCCAAUCGUAAAUGUCAAUGCAAGGAUUAUUUAUUUGGUUUAAGACCACUAUAUUACAUCAAUGAGUUAAAGCUUACUUUUUUUGUGUUGGUUUCUUUGUAUACAAUUUUAACUGAGUUCCCUUGUGCAUCAAACUAUCAAGAGUAAAACUAGCCUAAAUAAUGCCCAGAACAUAACUGCUAAGUGCCAA